AUGCGCCAUUCUCCGAUGUCGAUGAGCAACGGGCCAUCGAGCGACGAUUCGUGUUAUCCUGGCUGGUUUGCCAGAACAUUGGGCAGCGGCUAUCCGACGCGACUGCAUGCUGGUCACUUUCAGCCCAGGCAGGGCGAAACAGCCGCCAAGGAAUUUCGAGGCAAUAUUAUUCACCUCGAGAAGCAGCAGAGGGCCAACGAGGAGCAUGAGACCAGAAGCUCGGUCGCGCACCCGUCGUCCCUGGCUAAUCAGCCUCCAGCCGUGAUCGGCUACCCUCCGAGCCAUACGACGGUUGACGUCUAUGAUUACCCGCAUCAAUACGGCGAUAAGAAUCCAGUGUUGCACAACUGCAAACUUUGCAAGGAGGGCUGGAAGGAGAAGCGGAUGUAUUAUAAGUCGGGCUGGACGGCCUAUUUCACGUUUCUUCUCGUGUUUCCUCUACUUUCCGCCGUCGAUUUUUUGGGUAGCAGCACGGAUGGGUCAUAUCAAAGCCAGCUAUCCGCCGAGCGACACACCACCUGGGUGUUGGUGCUCGGUUUCUUCGGGCUGAACGUGUUCGGCACGUGCUUUGGUCUAUGGGGCAUCUGGCGAUCGAAGAAGCUGGCCGUGCUCGUGUUGGGGCUCUUAUACUUCAAUUGCCUGCUGUUCUUUGCCGACAACGCGGUCUCGGAGUGGUCUCGAGGUGAUUUUCGAGCCGAGAAUCAGAGGUUCAGGGUGGUGUUUCAU